AUGGCGGAGAAAGAAAACUACCUGACCCGGUCCGAGACCGUGGACAGCAUCGGGAGUGAGGCUAAGGCUGUUGGCUCUACCAACCUCGUCGACGAGAAUGGAGAAAUCCGGCUGAUUCCUAUGCCCACGCCGGAUCCGAAGGAUCCCCUCAACCUGCCUGAAAAGCAGAAAUGGCUGGCCAUCGGCGUUCUAUGUUUUUUCGGUUCUCUGGCCUUGUCAGCCGAAGUCAUCAUCGGCUCGCUGAUCCCCGUCUUCCUGCUGGAGUACUCGGGCGUCGACCCGCGCAUCCUCAACAACGUCGACUUCGUCGCCAGCUCCAAGGGGUCCGUCGACUUCAACCCCUUGUCCGUCAUCCCGCCGGGCGUCAUGCCCGCGGACCUCCACGAGGUCUCGCUCCUGGCCACCAUCCCGCUCAUCGCCAACGGCGUCGCCUCGUACUUCCUGGUCCCGCUCUCCAUCGGCAUGGGCCGCCGGCCCGUCCUCCUAUUCACCGGCGCCCUGGCCUGGAUCGGCGGCCUCUGGGCCGGCACGAGCACCACCCUGCACAGCCACCUGGCGGGCCGCGCCCUCCAGGGUCUCGGUGCCGGCGCCGUCGAGGCCCUGAUCCCGCUCAUUGUCCAGGACAUCAUGUUCAUCCACCAGCGGAACCGCGCCAUGAGCGCCGUGGUGAGCAGCCAAGGCAUUAUCAUCAUUGCGCUGGGUAUCGCUGCACCGUACGUGUCGGCUAACUUCACCUGGCGGAUCCUCUACUAUGCGACCAGUGGGUUUGGUAUCCUGGCAUGGGGUCUGCUGAUCGCAUUCCUGCCCGAGACGCGUUGGCGCAGAAGCCAGGAAGAGCUGAGCGGCCAGAAGAUAUACCCCCUGGAACCAGGUCAGAAGCGACCUACGCUGGAACCGGAGACUUACGGGCCACGGACACUGUGGACCACCAUCGGCUUCUUCCAGUUUGGGUUCCAGUGGAAGGAGGCCGGCUUGUCGAUGCUUGACACGCUCCGGACUACGUUUUUCCCUGCCAUUGUCUGGUCGACGCUGGCGAACUCGGCAUUUGUGAUCAUCAACCAGGCUGCGCAGCAGUUGGGCUCAUUCGCACUGCUUGCUCAGGGCUGGCAAUUCCAGUAUACCGGUCUCAGCGUGAUGCCGACCGUGCUCGCCACCGUCGCCGUCUACUUCCUUGGCGGGCCGGUCUCAGACCGCGUCUCGCUAGCCAUCACACGGCGACAUGGCGGUGUUCGCGAGCCCGAGUUUCACCUGCCAAACAUGAUAAUCCCGUUCGCAUUCGGCAUCCUGGGCUGCUUCGUCUUCGGCUACUCGGCGCAGAACAACCUGCACUGGGCCUUCAUCCUACUGGGCUCCUUCUUCGUCAUCUUCGCCUUCCUGACGGUCCUGACCGUCGUCAACGUCUUCGUCGUCGAGAGCUACCCCCGCUGGGCCGGGCCCGUGCUCGUCAACGUCAGCAGCAUCCGCAUCAUCAUUGCCUUCUUCCUCAGCUCCGAGGUCACGACCUGGGUCGCCGAGAAGGGCGUCCUGAACACCUUUGCCAUCUACGCCGAGGCACUUCUUGUCCUCAGCCUGGGUAUUCCCGUGCUGUAUUUCACGGGCAAGAAGAUUAGGAUCUGGACGGCAGGAAGUGUCAAGGGGCAGUCAGAUGGCGGGAAGCUGAAGAGGGUCGAUACAAUGGACUCUGUCUAA